UCAGCUUUCAGAAGUAAAAUGUAAUCAAGCAACAUUUUUCUCUUCAGGCCUUGGUCUCAGCAGAAAUGGAAGACCAUGAAGGAGUUGUACAGAAUGUUAUUGAGUAUGUUACUGAGGUUGAUGAUGAACAACAAGUGGAAAACCUGAAGAGGACCCUAAAAACACAUAGACAAAGGAGAAAAAAGCCAUUGAUAGAAGAUGUUCCUGAUUCAGUAGCUGUUGAACCAGUUGAAAACCUAAUUGUGAUUUCUCAUGGGCCGAGAAAUUUGCCUCCAAUCCCAAAGUCAACUUCAGAAACGAGCUUUGCUGAGUUUUCCAUGAGGGAGCGAAUGAGAGAGAAAAUUAAAGCUGCAAGAUUUAAAGCAGAGAGUGCCAUUCAGAGUGAAGCUACUGGUGCAGCUCCACACCACCUGACUAGCCUCAAAAAGAGGGAGAAAGUAAUAAGGUUCGACAAAGAGGUUGAUGAGGAAUCAUUUAAAAGAACACAAGAUGAUGUUUCUAUGUUUCCUUCUUCAAGAUUGCGGUUUCAAGAUGCUGUCAGCAAAGUCAGGCAGAAACAACAUGUCCAGGAUGGAUUUCCUACUGCUCAAGAAGCUUACAAUUUUUUUACCUUCAAUUUUAUGUCUGAAACUGAGGAAGAAGCAGAAGAUAAAGUUGAAAAGAAGAAACAGUCUAGUUCAUGUCAGAAUGUCAAGGAUGAAUAUGAAGAACAGGAGUCUUCAGUUAGUCAUCAGCUCAGCCAGGAGGUUGAUGAAGAAGAGAUGGGAAAGGAAGAAGACAGACCUCUUGUAGAUGAGAAAGAGAGUGAAGAUGAAGAUCUGUUUAUUAUUGAUCAGUCAGCAAGUGAUUUUCUGAUUGCUCAGGCUGCUGAAUAUGAGGGUUACCACCAGAAGCAGCAUAAUGAGGCAAAACUUUUGUUCAUUCCCAGUGCUCAGACAGUACCCACCUCCCAGAAAGUGCCUGAAAAUAUGCAGCCAAGGUAUCUUGAAGAUGAAGGUCUCUAUGUUGGUGAACGGCCUGCAGUUUCCUUGGUUAAUCAAAACAUUCUGGAGAACCGAAUGCUGAAACAGCAAGAGGGUAAGAAAUGGUUUGGAGAUGAUGGAAAAAUUAUUGCUCUGCCAAUUCCAAUCAAGCAGUCUUUUACCAGGCCAUCAAUAUUUUCACUAGAGGAAGACAUUGACUCUGCAUUGGAAACUGUGUUCCGAAAGGCAGUGAAUGCAAACCAAAAGCAUCGAUAUGCAGUUGGAUCAAGAGAUGCUCCGGGUCAGUGUCAGCUAGAUAUUGAUAUUUCUGGCUUGGUAUUUACUCAUCACCCCUUAUUUAGUCGUGAGCAUGUCCUUGCAGCCAGGCUAACACAGCUGUAUGACCAGUACCUGACAAGAAGACAAAGGAAUCUUGCUAACCUUCUUACCGAUAAGCUGAAUGCUCUGAGAAGUGCUCUGAAGAAUAUUUCUACUGGCAGUGAUGAAUCCCAUGUACCCAGUCCUGUGAUACUGCAAAGAAUCACUGAAUACAAGUUUGAAAUAAGAGAGACUCGGCAAAUGAGAGAUGUGGAGCAAGAAAAAGAUCGCACCUUACUAAAGAACAUUAUUAAAGUUUGGAAUGAAAUUAAAUCUCUGCGUGAUUUCCAGAAAUAUACUAAUACUCCACUGAAGUUAUAUCUAAGAAAGGAAACCGUUGACCGUAAAGUGGAUGACAGAGCUUAUGAGAAGGAAAUUCAGGCUGAGUUAAAAGAACAGCUGGAAGAACACGAAUCUGAGCAUGAAAAGAAACUGCAGGAAUUCAAAAUCAAGUAUGAAGAGUGGAAAGCAUGGAAAAGAGCUCAGAAAGCAAAGAAAAAAAAGAAAAAGAAUGAAGAUCAAGAGGAAGCUGCAGACAUUGAACUUGGAGAGGAGUUUUCAAAGCCAAUUCCUCCAGAAUCAGUGAAUAAGCUGCACAUAGAAGAAAAAAUACGGAAAAAGGCUGUAAGCAUUCGUAGAAAACCUGGAGAACCUAUAUUAAUACCAGAGUUGAGUUUCUCGGGACACGUAACACCAAAUGACCAGUGUCCAAGAGGGGAGGUUCAAAGAAGAGAGGAUCUACAAAAGCGUUCCAUUUUUGUGAAGGUCCUUUUCAAUAAUAAGGAAGUGUCAAGAACUGUCAGCUGCCACUUGAAUUCAGACUUUAGAGUAUACUAUGGGCAAAUAUUCAACUUACAAAUAAUCAACUGGCCAGAAAGUCUUAUAUUUCAGAUAUAUGAAACUGUGGGACUUGCCACCACCACUUUAUUGGCAGAAGUAUUUGUACCUGUUCCUGAAACUACAGUUCUCACUGGGAAUGCCUCUUUGGAAGAGUUGGAGUUUAGCAGCAAUCAGCGUGUGAUACUCGAACAUGAGGGUGUUGGAAGUGAUGUGCCAUUUUCAUUUGAAGCUGAUGGCAGCAACCAGUUAAUUCUAUUAACUUCUGCCAAGCUUUCCUAUUCAGUUUCAUGGGGUAUUGGAAAAAAUGGAGUACCUCUUGUACCUUCAGGACCUCAUCCAGGCACCCAGAGUGCUAUGAAACAUGUUGAUGCCAUUGCCUCCAUUGGAACAUCUGGGUUAACAGACAUGAAGAAGCUGGCUACAUGGGCUGCACAGUCCAGACUUGAUCCAAAUGACCCAAACAAUGCACCACUGAUGCAGUUAAUAACAGUUGCCAAAAGUGGAGAUGUUCAUGCCCCUGUUUUCUUCAGACUUGAACAACUGCAGGAAGAGUUUAACUUUGUGCAAGAUGAAGAGUUCAACAGUUCAAAGAGAUUCCGACUGUUGCAACUUAGGAACCAGGAGGUAGCAGAGUUUCGAAAUUACAAGAAGGUGCCUGCACUGGAGAGAGAGAUCCCUAACAAGAUUUUCCAGGAGUAUGAAAAAAGGUUGCGAGAGAAAGACACCAUAGACACAAAGGACCAUCUGGAUGCCAAUAGAGCAUUAGUUGCCAAGUACCUUCAGAAGGUUAGAGAGGCUGUGAUAAACCGAUUCCUAGUAGCAAAACACUAUUACAUUCUCUCAGACCUUGUAAUAGAAGAAGAGGUUCCCAGUAUUGGCUUUUUGGGACUCAGUCUCUUCAAAUUUGCUGAACCCAAGCGACCACUGAGGCCAAGGAGAAAGGAGAGAAAGAAGAUCACUGCACAAAACAUGACUGGCGGAGAUAUUAAGCUGCUAGUUAAUAUUAUACGCGCAUAUGACAUUCCAAUUCGCAAACCUUUUGUCAGUAAACCUGCACAUGCCUCAAGAUCUUCAAAGUCCUUUACCGAGACAUUUGUCACUACUCAGACUUCUCAAGUACCAGACCAAAACAACGAAUGGCCGGUACAUCAGGUUCUAGUUCGUCCAUUUGUAGAAGUAACAUUUCAGCGUACUGUUCUUCGAACAACAACUGCAGAUGGACCCAACCCUAAUUGGAAUGAAGAACUGAAGCUUCCUUUUGGAGCUCCUAAUGGUGACUACAGUACUUCCAGUCUGCAGUCAAUGAAGGAUGAAGUGUUUAUUAAUGUCUUUGAUGAAGUUGUUUUUGAUGUAUUAGAGGAUGAUCGAGAAAGAGGAAGUGGAGUCCAUACUCGUACUGAGCGACACUGGUUGGGAGCAGUUAGGAUUCCUUUUACUACCAUCUACUUUCAGGGAAGGAUUGAUGGCACCUUUAGAAUUAACACACCUGCAGUGCUUCUGGGAUAUAGUAAAGAGCGGAACCUUGGGAGUGAAAGAGGAUUUGAUGUUGUCCGCAGUCUAAGUGAAGGAUCUUAUUUAACUCUGUUUAUUACAGUCGAGCCGCAGCUCACACCAGGGGAAUCAGUUAGAGAAAAGUUUGAUACACUGGAAGAUGAAAAAUUGCUCCAUGCAGCAGAAAAGUACCAGAAGGAAGCUACUUUAAAAUUUCCAAAUCGUCAGUGCCUUACCACUGUAGUUGACAUCAAUGGAAAGACCAUUUUUGUAACCAGAUAUAUUAAACCUUUGAAUCCUCCCCAGGAACUUCUUGAUGUCCAUCCAAAUAAUCCCCAGGCAGCUGCUGGUUUGGUUGCACGAUAUGUUUCAUUGAUCCCUUCCUUGCCUGACAGUGUAUCAUUUUCAGGAGUAUGUGACUUAUGGAGUACCUCAGAUCAAUUCCUGGAUCUGCUUGCAGGAGAUGAAGAAGAACACGCAGUGCUCUUGUGCAACUACUUUCUUGCUAUGGGCAAAAAAGCAUGGCUGAUUAUAGGAAGUGCUAUCCCUGAGGGUCAGACAACAUAUGUGUUGACUUAUGAACAGAACCAGUAUGUGAUAUGGAACCCCAGCAGUGGAUAUUCCUAUAGCCAGUUUGAUACAUUCUGCCCCUUGCAAAGUGUGGCAUGCCUGGUUAAUGCAGAAAAUAUUUGGUUUAAUCUCCAGCUGUACGACACUCCUAUGAGAAUUAACUUUGACUUAAGCAAAUCCAGCCUCUGGAAGCCUUUCUUUUCAAGAAGUUUUCCCUAUCCUGGUCUUUCAAGCAUUCAGCCUGAUGAAUUACAUUAUCGUCAUUCAGACAGUUCAGCUGCGGUGGAACUUCAGGACAGGCUUGAAAAGAUACUUAAAGACAAAAUUAUGGAGUGGAGGCCAAGGCAUCCUACACGCUGGAAUCGGUACUGUACUUCUACACUUCGUAAUUUCCUGCCUCUGCUGGAACACAAUCAAGGAAAGGAUGUGGAGUAUGACCAUCAGUCUGAGCUGCAAAAGCAACUUGGAGAUUAUAGGUUUUCUGGGUUUCCAGUCCAUAUGCCUUUCUCUGAAGUUGGACCCAUAGUAGAAGCUUUAUACAGCACAGGAGUGCACAAGACUGAGCUUCCAAAUGUGGAAUUUUCAUUGGCUGUGUACGCCCAUCCCUAUCCAAACAAUGUUUUUUCAGUCUGGCUUUAUGUUGCUUCAAUCAUUCGUAACAGAUGACACGCAAAAGCAGAAGAAAAGACUUUCUGUAUUAGUAUUACUGCACUGAUUCCUGUAAAGAAAGUGGACUAUUAUUAUUUUAGAAGAAUCAUUGGUUAAUUGACACUUUUUUAUUUGAAAAUAAAACCACCUACAGGAAGCUUCUUUUUUACAAUACAUUUAUUGUGAAUUGACUGCUUCUGCAUUAUGUAAAUUGUACCUUGUAGUUUCUGAAGGAAUGCAAAUUAAACAAGACUUCCAGGUGGAGAAAACAUCUGAACAUAAACAUAUGUCAAGCUGCAAUUGUAAAGUGAUUUCUGAUUAAACCAGCACUUUUCAAUUAUUUUUAUCUCAGGCCAAAUGUUAGCUGCAUUUCUAAGUCAGACCUAGAUGAUAACAUUUUACCCGUUGAAAACUGAAAUAUAAAAUAUAAAACAUCUUUCAGAAAUUACUUACUUACAAGUUGUUUUGGUAAAAAGUGCUAGAUCAUUUGCAUGGCAAAGUUAAAUUCUUCUGCACAGCUUUUUCUGUGUUUUUACUUUUCUGAGAAAGUAUGAGCUGUUCUGUACGUAAACUGCCACUGGCAUCUUGAAGUUUGAUUCACAAAGAUCCAGACAAACUCUGAAAUGUGAAAAUCUUUCUGCCAUUUGUACACUGCGAUUCUGAUUGCAAUUGUGUUUUUCUUAAAUAUGAUGCCGAUUUGCACUUGACUUCAAGAUUUGCGUUAGCUUGUAGAUGGUAGGUAUUCUCCUGGAAAUUUCCAGACUUGCAGUCAAAUACAGCUGAUGGGAACAGUUGUAACAUGUUUUUGUGCUGCAGGACAUUUUUACCUAUAAGACUAUUUUCGUUUUUCACAUGUGGCCAUCGUGGUGCAGCAAUAAGCGUUGCCACCUCACGGCAAGAGGUUCUCCGGUUCGAUUCUUGGCUGGGAUGCCUUCUCUGUGGAGUCUGCAUGUACACCUGUG